AUGGCCAGCAAAACAUUAAACUUGUUUUCCUCCGACUUGUACUCUUCAGAUGAGGAUGAAGACUUGAUCAAUACUACCAACCAAAAUUCAUCCUUGUUGAGCCAAAAGGUUGUUGAAACUUCCUCGGAAACUCAUCAACAAGAACACUCAUCCCAUCUGACUCAAACCAAUGCAGAUCUCGAUCAGGAUGAAGAAAACGGAUUGGAAACUAGUGUAGUUCUCUCGUUAUGCUAUCAAAAGGGAAGACUGGGUGUUGCAUCUUUUGAUUCCAACACUGGAGAGUUAUGGUGUGGUGAAACCAAUGAAAACUCCUUGUUUGAAGCAACAGAAUACGUCAAGUAUGAAGUAAAGCCAAAUCUCAUCCUUGUGCCUUCCAGAACUGAGAAUUCAUUCAUGAAAAAUGUGAGGAAGCCGAUGGAAGGUGCCAAAGAGCAAGUCGAGGUGAGGCUUUUGAAAGCCUCCGAUUUUGCCCAUGAUAACUCAAUCAAAAAGCUUCAAUUAUUGGAACAAUUAAUGUCAGACGCCACAAUCACAGAAGAGAACUACAUGGAAGCCAAUGCUGAAUCGUCUUCUCGGAGAAAAGAUAUGCGGUUUGAUUUUUCAUCUUUACACUUGGAAGAAAAUCAUCAAACGGUGAGAGCUCUCGGAGGUGUACUGUCUUUUCUACAAAGUAACAGACUAUCCUAUGGUGAGAUUGAUGAUAUAGAAGUGUUGAAGAAUAUCAAAACCAUCACCAAUUUCAAAUUCGAUGGAUUUGUUCAGUUAGACAUGAACACGCUUAAAGCCUUGUCCAUCUUCAGCUUGGAAGCUCAUCCCUCAACAGCCAUUCUUUCUGGUCGGCCUAAGGAAGGUCUAUCAUUAUUCGGUAUCAUGAACAAGACCAAAUCUUCAGUCGGUAAAGAUUUACUAAGGCAAUGGUUUUUAAAACCAGUUAUGGAUGUAAACAUUAUUCAAAAGAGACACAACUCUAUUGAUUUCUUUAACAAGUUCACAACAGACAUACUUGAUGAGAUUAGAGAUAAUUUGAAAUAUGUGAAAAAUACUAAAAGAAUUCUUUCUAGAAUGCGAGAGGCAAAGGCCACUGUUAACGAUUGGAGUAAUUUAUACAAGACCUUAUAUUGUUGUAAAAACAUUUCAGAAAUACUUUUUGAAAUGGCAGAAAAUUCCAACAUUGACGUUGUAGAGGAGUUUUUGAAUGCUUGCAACGAAGCUAUUGUAAAAGUACUGCAGGCUAUUUCAAAGAUCGUUGACUUUAAAGAAUCAAGAGCUCAAAACCGAUUGGUCAUUAUGUCCGGGGUGAAUUCAGAGCUUGACAACCGAAGGCAAACAUACGAAUCUCUAGACACAUUCCUUGAUCUAGUUGCACAACAAGAAUCUGGCUCUCUCCCUCAGGACUUCCCCUUCUCUUUUAAGGCUGUAUACUAUCCUCAACUGGGAUUUCUGUUGGUGGUUGAUAAGACUACAGAAGCAAAUAAUUUCGAGAACUUUGAAGAGCAUGGUUUGCGAUUUCAUUUUGCAUCUGAUCGAUCUCUGUAUUUUAAGAAUGCAACAACGGAUGAGUUGGAUAGUGAGGUUGGAGAUAUCCAUCAUCUUAUCAUCGAACAAGAAACAUCUAUUGGUAUUAAGCUUGAAAAAUAUGUUCUGCAAUUUCAAGACCAAAUUAACAAGCUUAAUCAUGUAUGUGCGAAGUUAGAUUGUAUCUUGUCAUUGACAGUCUGCAGUAAUGAUUUUAACUUGUCACGACCAAGAAUGACCGAAGAACCGAUUUUAAAGAUUGUGGAAGGAAGAAAUAUUCUUCAAGAACUGACGGUAGACACUAUCAUUCCCAACGAUACUGAUUUAAGUGAAUGCAUUCAAAUAGUUACAGGACCUAACAAUUCAGGAAAGAGCUGCUAUUUAAAACAAGUAGGUCUCAUUGUAUUCAUGGCGCAUAUCGGUUCAUUCAUUCCAGCCUCUCAAGACUCUGUGAUUGGUAUUGUCGAUCGAAUCAUGACAAGAAUUCAAUCUCAAGAUAGUAUUAGUGUCAAUCAAUCUACUUUUGCAAUAGAUUUACUUCAAAUGAAGGGAAUGAUCGACUACUCAACACCCAGGUCGCUAUUACUGAUCGACGAGUUUGGGAAAGGCACUCUUGCUCUUGAUGGAAUUGCCCUUCUAUCAUCCAUUCUAAAAAGCUUUCAAUCUAGAACUCAGCCUCCUCGAGUGAUAGCCACAACACAUUAUAUUGAAAUGUUACAAUAUAACCUUAUUGAUUACAAAAACAAAAAUAUUCAAUUUAUGACCAUGGAUGUGCAUAUUGACAACACGACCAAUAAUAAUGAGGAUCAAAUGGUAGAUGAAUUUCAAGUUCCCAAUGCUGAAGAUUUGGUAUUUCUGUACAAACUCAAACCAGGAAAAAUUAUUCCAAGUUAUGGGAUCACUGUUGCGUCCUUGGCUGGCCUUCCUAACCAUAUUAUUAACAGAGCCAAGGUGGUUGCAGAUAACAUCUCUAAAGGCAAGCAAAUCAAACCCAUUCGUGAGAACUCCAAAGGAAAGAUUUUCAAGGAACUCUUUGAGAAAUUUAUGUCCUUGGAUGUAAAUCAAGAACAGAGUAUUUCAGAUCUAUUCACUUUUGUAAAGUCCAUUUAA